AUGAAGCGUGCGGGGACUCUGCGCCUGCUCUCAGAUCUGAGCAACUUCAGCGGCGCGGCCCGGCUCCGGGAGUUGCUAGCCGGGGACCCAGCCGUCCGAGUUCGCUGCAGCCCAGACGGCCGCCACCUACUGUUGCUGCGACCCCCGGGGUCACCAGCCCCGCAACUGCUGGUCGCGGUGCGUGGACCCGGUGCGGAGCUGGAAAGCGCCUGGCCGCCUGGCCAGCCCUCACCGCUAGACGCCUUCCUCCUGCCGUGGCCGGCGCGAUCGGCGCUAGUCCUAGUGUGGGAGAGUGGCCUAGUCGAGGUGUGGGGCUCGGGGGUGGGGCCCGGCUGGCGGCUGCUGCAGAGCACCGAGCUGUGUCCUGGAGAUGGAGCCCGUGUGGUGGCCGUGGCGGCGCCCCGAGGCCGCCUGGUGUGGUGCGAGGAGCGGCAGGCCGGCGCUGAGGGCCCGUUAGGGCCUCCUGCAGUGGCUUUCAGCCACUGUGUGUGCGUCAGGACCCUCGAGCCCAGCGGUGAGGCCGGCACCAACCUGGGCAGUACGCACAUACUGCUGCACCACUGCCCCGCUUUCGGGCUGCUGACUUCCCGCAAGGACCUGUUCCUUGUGCCCACUGCCAACACCUGGCCUGGCUUGGGUCAUAUUCUGCUCAUCUGGAGCCCAAGCAAGGGCAAGGUAGUGGUGGCUGCCCCAUGUCUUGGCCUCUCCCACAGUAAAAGCCUGAAUCCUGGAAGAGGAGAUACAUGGGACUUCAGGACCCUGCUCCGAGGCCUUCCUGGACUGCUGUCCCCCAGGCAGCCAUUGACUGUACAUACCUGGGCCCCAACUCCCCAGGGCCUGAUGUGGCUUGAUUUCAGGGGCACUGUGAGCCUGGUACAGCCCCACGGUGGCUCCCGGACUGUUGGCACCCUGCAGGAGGCACCUGCCAGCCUGGCAGGGUCUGCAGCACUGGGCACAUUUCAUGGCACUCUGGCCUGUGUGCUGGGCUCCACAUUGGAACUGCUGGACAUGGGCAGUGGGCAGCUGCUGGAGAGGAAGAUCCUGAGUACAGACCGAGUACAUCUGCUGGAAACCCCCGCCCCUGGCAUGGAAGAUCAGGAAGAGCUGGAGGCUCGAGGGGGUCUUCGUUUACUUUCAGCUGUGGGUCUGUUUCAAGUAGGCUGGAAAACCCCACAAAGCCUUGAGCUGCCUUCAGCUGAAGAUAUGGUGUUUGAGGAGGCCUGCAAGUACUACCAGCGACGGAGCCUGCGGGGUGCCCAGCUCACCCCAGAGGAACUGCGACACAACAGCACAUUCCGAGCACCUCAGGCCCUGGCAACCAUCCUCCAGGGCCAUGUGUCCCCAUCAGCACUGUUGACCACACUGAGGGCCGAGCUUCGUGAUUACCGGGGCUUAGAACAGCUCAAAGCCCAGCUUGUGGCUGGGGAUGAGGAGGAGGCUGGCUGGACUGAGUUGGCAGAGCAUGAAGUGGCACGGCUGCUGAGGACUGAGUUGAUGGGAGACCAGCUGGCCCAGCUCAACACCAUUUUCCAAGCCCUCCCUACAGCAGCCUGGGGUGCCAUCCUCAGGGUCCUGCAGCUCCAGCCAGAUGGCAAUGGCCAUCUGAGGUCCCACGCUCCCCCAGAUGUGUGGAAGAAGGUACUGGGGGCUACAGCAGCUGCAAAAGAACCACCCAAUGGCAUACUGCUCCCCUUUGAACUCCUGUGCCAGUGCCUCUGCCGGCUGGAGCCACAAUGGCUGCCACCCUUUGUGGAGCUGGCCCAGCAACAGGGGGGGCCUGGCUGGGGAGCAGGAGGCCCAGGGCUGCCCCUCUAUCGCCGAGCCCUGGCAGUACUAGGUGAGGAGGGGACUAGGCCUGAAGCACUGGAGCUAGACCUACUCUUGGGCAGUGGGCGGCCCAAAGCUGUGCUCCAAGCUGUGGGGCAGCUGGUGCAAAAGGAACAGUGGGAACGGGCUUUAGAGGCUGGCCUGGCCCUCAGCCCCUCUAGCCCCCUACUUCGAAGUGAGAUCUUCAAACUGCUGUUGGCCGAAUUUGCCCGGCAUCGCCGGCUUGAUGCUCACCUCCCCCUCCUUUGCCGCCUGUGCCCACCAGACCUAGCUCCAGCUGAACUCCUGCUUCUACUGAGGACAUACCUCCCAGAUGAGUUGGAGCCCCCUGCCCCAUUCCCUGAGCCUGGGGCAGAGCCCCCUCUCACUGUGGGCUUGCUCAGAGCCCUGCUGAAGCAGACUGGGACUCAAGGACGAGCCUCUGGCCCAGUUCUAAGCUUAUAUGAGGACAUUCUAUGGGACCCAGACACUCCACCCCCCACCCCACCUCGGGUGUCAGCCCUCCAGGCAUCAGACCACCCAGGCCUGGAGGCCUGGGCACCAUCUGGACAGGGUCUCUAUGUGACUGACACAGGCUGAAAAUUGUCUCUAGGACACAGUGAUCAGGGAAAGGUGCCUAGGAGUUGGAGGAGCCAGAGUGGGACUUGUGUGUGCAAUACUCUUCUCUCUUCCGAGCAGUUUAUAUAUAUAUGUAUGUGUG